CUGUCCUGAGAGUUCCCAAAAAGCACAGCUCUAAAGUAAAGCUACCACUGGACUGCCGGAUGCUUUCUCGGUUGCUAGGAAACGCGCCCGGCAGCUCCGGGACCGCCCUGCUGGUGCCGCCUUUUCCUCCUCCCUCUACUAACAGGAAGUAGAAAACAAAGGCGAGACUAGGGCGCGAGGGCGUGUUCCCGCUUUAGCCAAUGGGAAGAGUAGGGCGUAGCUAAGCGCCCUUCCUUUAUUGCCCCAGAACCUGCAAGCACGCUCACUCUCUGCUCCGAGGCGAACACGCAAGGCUCCGAGGCGGAAGACGCGAGACUCCCUGGCGCUCCCUCAGCGGCUGCCAUCAUGGUGCGGAAGCUGAAAUUCCACGAGCAGAAGCUGCUGAAGCAGGUGGACUUCCUGAACUGGGAGGUCACGGACCACAACCUCCACGAACUGCGUGUCCUGCGGCGUUACAGGCUGCAGCGGCGCGAGGACUACACGAAGUACAACCAGCUGAGCCGGAAGGUGCGUGAGCUAGCGCGGCGACUGCGCGACCUGCCCGAGCGCGACCCGUUCCGCGUGCGCGCCUCCGCCGCAUUGCUGAACAAGCUUUACGCUCUGGGCUUGGUGCCCACGCGCGGCUCGCUGGAGCUCUGCGAUUUCGUCACAGCCUCGUCCUUCUGCCGCCGCCGCCUGCCCACCGUGCUCGUCAAGCUGCGCAUGGCGCAGCAUCUCCAGGCUGCUGUGGCCUUUGUGGAACAGGGCCACGUGCGCGUGGGCCCGGACGUGGUGACGGACCCAGCCUUCCUUGUCACCCGCAGCAUGGAGGACUUUGUCACCUGGGUCGACUCAUCCAAGAUCAAGCAACACGUGCUGGAGUACAACGAGGAGCGCGACGACUUUGAUCUGGAUGCCUAGAGGGUCUCGCUGUCGCUCCACCUCUCUUCAGGAUGGCAAACGGGUCCGACGCUGGCGAUCUGAGAGUGCUCUAAACAGUGGCACUCAAUUGGGGACUUUCAAGAAUUUGGCUCAUCGAGGGAUUUAGCUCACUGGCAAAGCUCCUGCCUGGCAAGCGCAAGGUCGUGAGUUCGAUUUCUGGUACCGGAAGAAAAACAAACGAACAAGCAAACAAAAAAGAAUUUGGCUCAUCAGCUGCAGAUCACAGAACCGAGGUGGGGAGGGCCGCUCCUGUUCUCCAGGAAAUUUUCGUAGAACUGACUACUGGUAACUAAAUGAUAGUGCCUUUAGACCGUGGGAAGCGGUUUUGUGCUACCCUGGGGAUUGUCAGCCUCAAGGAGCAGAAGACGUUGCAGUGUAAAAGCAAGAACGUUACCCUCCCGGUUCCCGUUAUCGCCUUGUAGCAGGACUGAUUUCUUCAAUUUGUUUAACUCAAAUACUUCUGAUUGUGAGUAAGCUGUGAUCGAUGGAUCGUUUGGGCCCAAGUUUCCAUGAAAGUGAGUGAGACUUUGGUGUUAAGGGUUCCCCCAUUUAAAGGAACGCUUUCCUGAUACCAAUAAAUGGCUUAUCUGCUUGUAAAUGCA